AUGCCGGCUGUGAAGGGGGACGGGAUGCGCGGCCUUGCCGUUUUCAUUUCCGAUAUCCGGAACUGCAAGAGCAAAGAGGCGGAACUGAAGCGCAUCAACCGCGAGUUGGCCAAUAUUCGCAGCAAAUUCAAAGGUGACAAAAUGAUUGAUGGUUAUCAGAAGAAGAAAUAUGUGUGCAAGCUUUUGUUCAUCUUCCUGCUUGGCAACGACAUCGACUUCGGGCACAUGGAAGCAACGAAUCUGUUGAGCUCGAAUAAGUAUACUGAGAAGCAGAUUGGUUAUUUGUUCAUUUCGGUCCUGAUAAACAAUAAUUCGGAUCUGAUAAAACUGAUCAUCCAGUCAAUAAAGAACGAUCUCCAGUCCCGCAAUCCGGUACACGUUAAUUUGGCGUUGCAGUGCAUUUCCAAUAUUGGUAGCAAAGAUAUGGCCGAAGCAUUUGCUCCGGAUUUGCCAAAACUGCUCGUCUCCGGCGAUACCAUCGAUUUUGUGAAACAGAGCGCAGCACUUUGCUUGCUGAAGCUAUUCAGGACGUGUCCGGAUGUUUUACCGCCCAGUGAAUUCUCAUCACGCAUUGUCCACCUGCUAAAUGAUCAGCAUUUGGGCGUUGUUACAUCAGCUGCCUCGCUCAUUGAAGCACUCUCAAAGAAAUGGCCGGAAGAAUAUAAAGGAUGUAUUUCGUUGGCAAUAUCCAGACUCAGUCGAGUAUGUUUCUGGUUAUUUCUUAGUGGCUUUCCCUGCACAAGCCUCACAUUUUUCUUGUUUCAAAAUCGGUAUAGCAGUUUGAUCGUAACAGCUGGAUAUACUGAUCUUCAGGAUUACACCUAUUAUUUUGUGCCUGCUCCUUGGCUUUGUGUCAAGUUGUUAAGAUUGCUUCAGAAUUAUCCACCACCAGAAGAUCCGAGCAGUAAGUCUCGGUUGAUGGAAUGUUUGGAGGGGAUAUUGAAUAAAGCAAUGGAUGCUCCUAAAUCAAAAAAAGUACAGCAUUCGAAUGCAAAAAAUGCGGUACUUUUCGAAUCAAUCGCAUUGAUCAUUCACAUGGAUACGGAGCCAAGUUUGCUCGUCCGAGCGUGUAAUCAGCUGGGCACAUUUUUAUCCCAUCGUGAGACAAAUUUGAGGUGA